AUGGCGCGCAAAUCCAUCCUCUCCGUCAAUGCGGGAUCCUCUUCGGUCAAGCUUACCUUCUAUACCUACGAGAAAACCCCCAAGGUCAUUGCUGCAGCUCAGGUCUCUGGUAUCACCGCCCCGCCAGCAAAGCUGAAAUACACCAGUGGCGACAAGCAACACAAAGAGGAACUCAAGGAAAGCAUCAGUACUCCUCAAGAUGCCUUCAAAUUCCUGCUCCAGCGCUGCAUCUCUGAUCCCGAGCUUUCCGAAGUCGCCAGCACAGACGAUCUAGCCUAUAUCUGCCACCGUGUGGUGCACGGUGGAGACUACGAAACGUCUGUUGUAAUCACUGACGAAACCUAUCAUCACCUUGAAAAAUUGGAAGACCUAGCUCCAUUACACAAUUACUCCGCCUUGGAAAUUAUCCGGCAUUGCAGGAAGGAGAUUCCAUCCGUCAGGAGCAUCACCUUCUUUGACUCGGCGUUCCAUCAAACCCUCCCCGAACACGUCAAGACCUACCCCAUCGACCAGAAGAUAGCCAAGUCCAACGGGCUUCGGAAAUAUGGCUUCCAUGGAAUCAGCUAUUCGUUCAUUCUACGCUCCGUAGCCGAGGUCCUGAACAAACCUGCUGACAAGACCAAUAUCAUUGCAAUGCAUAUCGGAAGCGGUGCUUCUAUUUGCGCCAUCAAAGAUGGCAAAUCAGUUGAUACUACGAUGGGACUCACGCCCCUAGCCGGACUACCAGGCGCCACGCGAAGCGGUGACAUUGAUCCAUCCCUCGUGUUCCACUACACCAACGAUGCAGGCAAACUUAGCCCCGCCAGCACCAAAGAAAUGCACAUCAGCACGGCCGAAGAAAUCCUGAACAAGAAGUCCGGCUGGAAAGCCUUGACUGGCACAACCGACUUUGCUCAAAUCGCCGUCGAGAACCCGCCGACACGGGAACAUAAACUGGCAUUCGACAUCCUCGUUGACCGCAUCGCCGGCUACCUCGGCAAUUACUUUGUGAAACUAGACGGCCACGUCGACGCCUUCGUCUUCGCAGGCGGAAUAGGCGAGAAAAGUGCGCUGCUUCGCAAAGCAGUUACGGAGAAGUGUCGCUGCCUGGGUUGUGCGGUCGACCCAGGGAAGAAUGACAAGGGCGCGGGGGAUGGGGAGACGGUAGUGGAUAUUUCGAGGGGUGAUGACAAGGGCCCUAAGGUGUUGAUCUGUCAGACAGAUGAACAGGUGAGGCAUAACUAUAGUCCUACUCCUUUUGAUGAUGCUCGAUUUGCGUAUAAACGUGCUGCUAACGACGGGAAUAUAUAG